CUGCGCGUUCCCGAAAGGCUCGUGAGAUUGAUGCGGGCGCCUUGCCUUGCAGUGCUGGUCGGGGUUGUUGCGUGUUUGUGUGCGGUUGAGGUGUGUGAGAUGGCGCCUCUCACGAACCGCCGAUGGGUGCUGGCGAGAGAUGUGAAGGGAAAAACGACGGAAGGGGACUUCAGGUACACACACAGACACACACACACACACAGGGACGCACGGACAUUCACAUGAGUGUUGGUGCGGUGUUUGUGCAUGCAGGCGCGCGGACACUCGUGUGGACGAUGCACAGCUGAAAGAUGGCGAAGUUAUGCUCAAACAGGUGCGCAGUGGAUGGAUGGAUGGACACAUUCAUCGCCCUGUCUGUGUGUGCUCGUGUGUGUGUGUGUGUGUGUGUGUGCAGCUGCUCAUCUCAUUCGACCCCGCCCAACGGACUUGGCUGACGUACGUCCGCACACCCACUACACUCUCUCUCAUACACGACUGUCUGUCUGUCUGUCUGUCUGUGUGUGUGUGUGUGUGUGUGUGGAUGCGUGUGUGUGGAUGCGUGUGUGUGGAUGGGCAGGGACAGCAGCUACGUCACCAAGAUUAAAGUCGGCGAGGUCAUGCGCGCCAUUUCAUUGUCGCGAGUGGUGGCAUCCAAACACCCGGACUGGCAAGCUGGUAGUACUCCAGCAUGUCUGUGCGGGGGGUUGUGUGCACGUGUGUGUGUGUGUGCGGUGUGUUGAUUGCAGGUGACUUGGUUCGGUGCCUGGGUGGGUGGCAGGACUAUCUGAUUAUCAGCCCCGAUGAGGUCAAGAAGGCCGGUACGUCACGAGUGUGUCUGCAGUAAGGCUGCUUGCGUCGAGAGAUACACGCACAUCCACACGACGUGUGUGUUGUGUGUGUGUGUGUGUGCGUGUGCAUGGCAACCAGACGCCAUCGCCGACCCGAAGGAGCGGCUCACGCGGCAGUCGGAGCGGCUUGCCAAAGUAGUGGUACGCAUCCACACACACAUGGCUUAUGUGUGUGUGCCUGUCCUCAAACCGGUACGUCGAUUCCACACGUGUAUACGUGCAGCUGCCCCCCGGUGUCCCAAUGGAGCUGGGCAUUUCGCUGUUUGGUCCGUGAGCCAGUCAGUACCUUCACUCGUUUGUUUUUGUGUGCACACGUGUACCGAUCUUCUGUGGCCUUGUACGGGUACACUUGUGCAGGUGUGACCGGCCUCACUGCCUACGUCGGCCUCGUCAAGGUGCGCACACACAUCGAUGCACAAGUGCCAUGUAUACUGCGCACAUGUGCCUGCGUGUCUGUGUGCAGGUGGGUCGCGUCAAGGAAGGCCAGACGGUGCUUGUGUCAGCUGCUGCCGGGGCAACAGGCUCAGUCGUCGGUAACACACACACACGUAUACAUGGGCGCACACGUCCGUGUGAUCGUCUCUACCCAUGUGUGUGGUGUACAGGUCAGCUUGCCAAGGCGUAUGGCGCCAAGACGGUGGUGGGCAUCGCUGGCGGACCGGAGAAGUGCAAAUUCCUCGUCGAGUACGCCCAACCACAUGAAUCGGGGCAUGGCUGUGCGAAUCCGCAUGUGUGACACGUGCGUGUCUCUGCAGGACUCUUGGCUUUGAUGCGGCGAUAGACUACAAGAGCCAAGAGACAAAGAGGAAGGGGCUCAGGAGGUCGGUAGCUAACACUGACACUGACACUCGGCCACAUCAAUGUGUGUACCUUUUUCAUUUGUGCCGCCAGGUGCAUAAUGGAGAGGUGUCCCGAAGGCGUCGACCUGUUCUUCGACAACGUCGGCGGCGAAGUAAGUAUACCGCAUCACAUCACAUCACAUCCCCACCCUCACAGAUGCACAGAUGUACACGUGGGCAUCCCUGUCACCCUGUCACUUAGACCCUUGAGGCAGGCAUAUCGUGUCUGCGAGAGUUCGGCACCGUCGUGCUCUGUGGCGCUAUCGGCGAAUAUCAGAAACCCAGCAAAGAGGUCAAGCAUAUUAUCAAACCUUUCCCCCCAGCCAUGUACGUGUGUCUGUCCACGUGUGCAGAUCGCAGGCAUCCGCAACUACUUUGAGCUGGUCAAGAAGUAAGUAUCACACGACACCACGCCCAAUGGUACGUGCAAUGCAUCCUUCUCGUCACGCAGAUCGGCCCGAGUGGAGGGUUUUCUGGUGCCCCGUUUCGCCUCAAGCUUUGGCGAGGCUGUAGAUGAGCUUGGCAGGCUCAGCAAAUCGGUACAUAUGCCUUCGUACAUAAAGAGAUGCAUCGCAGAUGUGUGAAUGGUCUUGCAGGGUCAGAUCCACCAGGCGCACGACAUCCAGGCGGGCUUUGAGAGCCUCCCCAAAACGUUCAUACGGCUGUUCGAGGGAAGGAACACCGGGAAACUGCUCUGCAAGCUGUGAUCCAACGGGCCUUCGGACAAUCUGCUGCAUCAAGGGGCCCUACCGAGACAUUGUGUCGGCGUGUUUUUUGGCUUUUCAUGAGACAUGCAUGACCGGAUGAGAGAGACGGUUUUAUUGGAGCAGACGAAAGAGAUCUGCGGUGUGUCAGAGGGACUGUGAGGCUCUCAGUAGUUUUUCGUGCAUUACAUGAAGGCAGCGAG